AUGCAGUGGAGGGAUUUGGUGGAAGCAUAUCUGGUAGAGGCCAAAUGGUACCACAGUGGAUACAAACCAAAUCUAGAAGAAUAUCUCAACACCUCAUGGAUCUCCGUUGGAGCCGCGGCCAUACUAACCCACGCAUUCUUCCGAGUAACCCCUACUCUCACGAAAGAGGCCUGCGACAGUUUGUACGGAUACCACGACAUAGUCCGUUGGUCGUCCAUCAUCCUACGGCUUGCAGACGACCUAGGGACCUCGGUGGACGAGGUGAACAGAGGGGACGUGCCGAAGUCAAUCCAGUGCUACAUGAACGACAACAAUGCCUCGGAAGAGGAGGCGCGGGAGCACGUGAAGUGGAUGAUCGGGGAGACGUGGAAGAAGAUGAAUGAGGACAGAGUGGCGAAGGAUUCUCUGUUUUGUAAGGAUUUUGUGGGAUGUGCGGUGGAUUUGGGGAGAAUGGCGCAGUACAUGUAUCACUAUGGGGAUGGCCAUGGCAUACAACAUCCCAUCAUACAUCAGCAGAUGAGAGACUGUUUGUUCCACCAUUUUCUCCCAUAG